GUAUUUUUGUUAACUGUAGAAACGUAAAAAAUACGUUUUUUAAAUCAUGGUUUUAAAAACAUUUUUGUUCAAACGUUCCUUAAUGGUUCUUUACGGUUAUGAAACUAUGUAUACGUUCAAAAAACGUAUAUGAAACUAAUAUAUGCUACCUGAGCAGUAAACAUAUUUAUCUCAAGAAGCCUUGAGUUCUUAUUUCUCCAAAUCUCCACGGAAACGGGAGUGGUAACAUAAUCUUUAAAACUGCGAGAUUUCUCCUGCAGUCUUCAGUCUUCGGAGUGAUGUCAAGUCAAACAGACAUUCAAUCUAGGAAAUUAAAAAAUUGGAUAUUUUUUUGUUAACCUUUAUAUAGUCUGUAUUAACUUCACAUAUUUUAUGAACAGUGAAUAAAACAUGGAAAUUGAAGCACGCAGAACACCGAUACAAAGUUUUUACGCCGGACAAUCAAUAUUUAUUACAGGCGGUACUGGUUUUGUUGGGAAAGUCUUGAUUGAGAAACUGUUACGAAGUUGCCCCGAUAUCUCAACGAUAUAUCUGCUAAUACGUUCAAAAAAAGACAAAUGUCCCAAAAGCCGACUGGAUGAAAUGUUUAAGACACCUCUUUUUGACCGAGUAAAAAAAGAAGUACCCAAUUUCCGCAAAAAAAUCGUACCGAUUAUAGGCAAUCUCGUCAUAGAAGACUUUGGAUUGUCAGAAAGUGACAAUAACACUCUGAUAAAUCAGGUAUCUAUAAUUUUUCACUUAGCAGCAAACGUACGGUUCAACGAGAACAUCAAAAGUUCUACGAUAAUAAAUGUUAAUGCUACCGCUACCAUCUUAAAACUUGCAAAGCACAUGCCAAAUUUAAAAUCGUUUAUUCACGUGUCAACAGCUUAUGCGAACUGUCAUGUUGAACAUAUUGAAGAGCGAUUCUACUCGUAUCCCAUUAAUCACAAAGACCUUAUUAUGUUCACACGUUAUUUAAACAAAAACGUAAUUGAGAAAAAAAUAUCUAGAAUCAUUUCACGAUGGCCGAAUACAUAUACAUUCACAAAAGCGAUUGCGGAAGACCUUCUUAGAGACGAGAGCGGAGACUUGCCAGUAGGAAUAUUUCGACCUGCAAUAGUUUUAUCUAGCGCCAAUGAACCUUUUGUCGGAUGGAUGGAGAAUAUGUUUGGGCCACUAGGCCUUAUAGUACCUUCGCUACUUGGAAUCACAAGAUUUUAUCAUUAUAAUCCCGAUUUCAGAGCAGAUAUAGUGCCCGUUGAUUUUACAGUAAAUGCAUUAAUCGCUAGCUCAUGGGAAGUCUUUAAUCAAUUCAGGAGAGGCAAGGAUACAUUAAUUUAUAAUUUUGUGUCACCAGUUGAUGGACCUACGUGGCAUAAAUAUGCUUAUACACUUUUUGACAUAAAUAAGAUGUAUCCUCUACAUGAUGCCAUAUAUUUCCCUUUAGCAUUUUACUUUCAACGUAAAAUACCGUACAGAAUUUGCGUUUGGCUCGGUCAUUUCCUUCCGGCUUUACUUAUAGACGCUAUAAACAUAUGUAUGAAUCGUAACCCAAGAAUGUGGAAGUUAUGUAAGAAGGUCGACAAAUUUUCCAACGCGAUCCAACCUUUUUGCAACAAUGAAUGGAAUUUUUCCACUGACAAUGUUCAAGCGAUGUGGAGUCAUCUCAGUGAAGAUGAUCAGCAAUUAUUUAAUUUCAGCAUGGUUGGAUUUGACUGGACAAAAUAUUUAAUUGAUCAUUAUAUGGGUUUACGACUUUAUUUAUUAAAUGAAGAUGACAGUAGUUUACAAAUCAGUCGUAUCAAGUAUAGGAGAUUUUAUUGGAUUCAUCAAACGUUAAAAAUUAUUUUUACUUUUGCCGUCUUUUGGACUGUCUGGAUCGUAUUUACAAUUAUAUGUACAUAACUUUUACAUGUUUGUCUUACAUGUAUAUGAGAUUUUUUAUGACAUAUAAUUCGAGCACUCUGUAUAUAUAUUGUCACU